AUGCCCAUCCCCAGCAAGCACCCCAACAUCGGCCGCUCGCAGAGCUGGGACGCUGCCGGCUGGUAUGAAGGCAACUGGGAGAGCGAGAACGCCUUCGAGUACCAAAGGCCGCCGGGCCGGAGGAGCUCCCUGACCUACGGUGGCGAGGGCGGCUGGUACGAGCCGCCGCGAGCCAACGAUAUCAUCUUGCAGGGCGGCGCGGAGCUGAAGCAAGAGGCGUACCCGUACCAGGAUGCCGCCUUCGCCCCGGGGCCCCUCAGGAAAGGCUCCGUCCCGGACUUCACCUACUGCGACCGGCAAGCGGCCAUGGCAGCCCGGGGCUCCCUGCCGCCCCAGGAUUACUACAGCGACCCUUCCCUGUCAGCUAGGUCGCCCAAAGACCCCCGCUGCUACCGCGACCACGUGGUGAGCAGGCCGUUGGCGAGCUACGGCGUCCCCGGCAGCCGGCUGUCCUGGGACCAGGUCCCGGGGCGCCUGCCCGCCCCGCCGGAGGCCGCCCGCCUCUACAGGGACCCCAAACUGGUGCUGGACGGGCAGCGGCCGCGCGGCAGAGACGUCUCCCCGGCACGCUACGGCGCGGAGCCCCCCGGCCCGCGGUACGUGGCCGAACCGCCCGCUUUCCCCGGCAGGCAGGCCUACGGCGACGGCGUGGAGCGGCCCCCCGAGCCGGCGGGGGGCAGGCAGGCCGCCCCCACCUGCCUGGUGGUGGACCCCGCCGGCGGUGCCGGCGGCGGCUACGGGCCGGGCAGGGAGGGCGCCGGUGCCAAGGGCCCCUACGACAGCUACGAGGCAGCGGCGGCAGCGGCGACCCCUUCCCACCCGCCGGUGCCCCCCAGCUUCCCCGGUCCGGAGGGGAAGAGGAGCUUCGACCCCGAGUUCGUGGCGCUGCUGCGCGCGGAGGGCGUCUCGGAGAGCACUUUCGCCGCCCUGCUGCAGCAGGGCUUCGACUCCCCAAACCUGCUGGCCAUGAUGGAAGAGAACGACAUCAAGUCCGUGGCUCCCAACCUGGGGCAGGCCCGCGUGCUCUCCCGUGUCGCCCACAACUGCAAGGCGGAAAUGCAGCUGCAGAGGCAGGAGCGCAGGAGCGGGACGCUGCGCCCCAGGACCCGCUCCAACAGUUUCAGCCACCGCGGCGAGCUGCCGGGCGACUACGGGGCGCCCCUCGGCCCAGGGCCCGCCGCGGACGGCUGUGCCCCCCCGCAGCCCCCACCUCCGCUGCAGCCACUCUCCCCGAGAGGAGGGGAGAUGCACCGCCGGCCAUCCAGCGCCCCAACCCAGCACCUGCUGGAGACCACCGCCUACCCUGCCUCCGCCGGGGCUCCCCAGGGGCCGCACUUUCUCCCCGGUUCUGGAUACGGCACCCCCCUGCCUUGCAACACGCACCCGCGCCCGGCCUCUGCCUACUCCGCUCCGGCCGGCAUGCCCGUGACCGCGGCCAACCCGCACGCCAGCCCCAAAACGGCUUACCCCACCACCUACACUGUCCCCAUGGAGCUGAUGAAGAGGGAGCGGACGGCCCCGGCGUCGCCAGCACCCAGCCCCCACGGCAGCCCGCAGCUCCUCCGCCGGCCGGGAGCGCCGGGGGACGGCAGCCUGGCACCCACCGGACCCGCUUUCCCUGCCCAGCUCUCCCCAUACCCGAAGCUCAGCAGGCGCACGGGGCCCCCCGUCAUCGUCUCCACCAUGGCGUCACCUGAACCAAGUAUUCGCCCUCAAAUCAUGAACGGCCCCAUGCACCCCCGGCCCCUCGUGGCACUGCUGGAUGGGAGGGACUGUACGGUGGAGAUGCCCAUUUUGAAGGACUUGGCGACGGUUGCAUUCUGUGACGCACAAUCAACUCAGGAGAUUCACGAGAAGGUAUUAAAUGAAGCUGUUGGGGCGAUGAUGUACCACACCAUCACGCUGACUCGAGAAGAUCUAGAGAAGUUCAAGGCCUUACGGGUCAUUGUUCGAAUAGGCAGUGGCUACGACAACAUUGACAUCAAAGCUGCGGGGGAGCUUGGGAUCGCCGUCUGCAACAUCCCCUCGGCCGCCGUGGAGGAGACGGCCGACUCCACCGUCUGCCACGUCCUCAACCUCUACCGACGAAACACGUGGCUUUACCAGGCGCUGCGGGAAGGCACGCGGGUGCAGAGCGUGGAGCAGAUCCGGGAGGUGGCCUCCGGUGCCGCUCGCAUCAGGGGAGAAACACUCGGCCUCAUCGGCUUCGGUCGCACUGCGCAGGCGGUCGCGGUCCGAGCCAAAGCGUUCGGCUUCAACGUGAUAUUUUAUGACCCGUACCUGCAGGACGGGAUAGAGAGAUCCCUGGGCGUCCAGCGGGUCUACACGCUCCAGGACCUGCUCUAUCAGAGCGAUUGUGUCUCGUUGCACUGUAACCUUAACGAACAUAACCACCACCUUAUCAACGACUUCACGAUUAAGCAGAUGAGGCAGGGAGCGUUCCUGGUGAACACGGCGCGCGGGGGGCUGGUGGACGAGAAGGCCUUAACUCAAGCCCUGAAGGAAGGACGGAUACGAGGGGCUGCGCUUGACGUGCACGAGUCUGAACCGUUUAGUUUUGCUCAAGGCCCGUUGAAAGAUGCUCCUAAUUUAAUUUGUACUCCCCACACCGCUUGGUACAGCGAGCAGGCGUCACUAGAGAUGAGAGAAGCUGCUGCUACUGAAAUACGGCGUGCGAUCACAGGGCGCAUCCCAGAAAGCCUAAGAAACUGCGUGAAUAAGGAAUUCUUUGUCACAACAGCUCCGUGGUCAGUAAUAGAUCAGCAAGCAAUUCAUCCAGAGCUCAAUGGUGCCACGUACAGGUAUCCCCCUGGGAUGGUCAGUGUCGCACCGGGAGGAAUACCAGCAGCUAUGGAGGGCAUCAUUCCCGGAGGCAUCCCUGUUACUCACAAUCUUCCCACAGUGGCACAUCCUUCCCAAGCUCCAUCUCCUAACCAGCCCACAAAACACGGGGACAACAGGGAACAUCCCAAUGAGCAAUAGCAGAUAAUUUAAAAAUCAUUCAAUAAACUUAGGACCAAGAGACAUUGGAAAA